AUGGGCAAGAAGCAUAAGAAGCACAAGUCGGACAAACACCUUUAUGAAGAGUAUGUAGAGAAACCCUUGAAGCUGGUCCUCAAAGUGGGAGGGAACGAAGUCACCGAACUCUCCACGGGCAGCUCGGGGCACGACUCCAGCCUCUUUGAAGACAAAAACGAUCAUGACAAACACAAGGACAGAAAGCGGAAAAAGAGAAAGAAAGGAGAAAAACAAGUUCCAGGGGAAGAAAAAGGGAGAAAACGGAGACGAGUAAAGGAAGAUAAAAGGAAGCGAGAUCGAGACCGUGUGGAGCAUGAGGCAGGAAAAGACCUCCAGUGUCAGGUCCCUGUAAGACUGGACUUGUCUCCUGAGAAACUUCUCACAAGCUCUUUAGCCAAACAAGAAGAAAUAGAACAGACACCCCUUCAAGAGGCUUUGAACCAGCUGAUGAGACAAUUGCAAAGAAAAGACCCAAGUGCUUUCUUUUCAUUUCCUGUCACUGAUUUUAUUGCUCCUGGCUACUCCAUGAUUAUUAAACACCCAAUGGAUUUUAGUACCAUGAAAGAAAAGAUUAAGAACAAUGACUACCAGUCCAUAGAAGAACUAAAGGAAAAUUUCAAACUAAUGUGUACUAAUGCCAUGGUUUACAACAAGCCAGAAACCAUUUAUUAUAAAGCUGCAAAGAAGUUAUUACACUCUGGGAUGAAAAUUCUUAGCCAGGAAAGAAUUCAGAGUCUGAAGCAGAGCAUAGAAUUUAUGGCUGACUUGCAGAAAACUCGAAAGCAGAAAGAUCAAACAGAUACCUCACAAAGUGGGGAGGACAGCAGCUGUUGGCCAAGGGAGAAGGAAGACUCCGGAGCUGCUGAGGCCCAGGCCUUCAAAAGUCCCAACAAGGAAAACAAAAAGAAAGACAAAGAUAUGAUUGAAGAUAAAUAUAAAACCAGUAACUUAGAAAGAGAACAGGAGCAGAUUGACCGAAUUGUUAAGGAAUCUGGAGGAAAGCUGACCAGGAGGCUUGCUAAUAGUCAGUGUGAAUUUGAAAGAAGAAAGCCAGAUGGAACAACAACAUUGGGACUUCUUCAUCCUAUGGAUCCUAUUGUUGGAGAACCAGGCUAUUGUCCUGUGAGACUGGGAAUGACUACUGGAAGACUUCAGUCUGGAGUGAAUACUCUGCAGGGGUUUAAAGAGGAUAAAAGGAACAAAGUAACUCCAGUGUUAUACUUGAAUUAUGGACCCUAUAGCUCUUACGCACCACAUUAUGAUUCUACAUUUGCAAAUAUCAGCAAGGAAGAUUCUGAUUUAAUCUAUUCGGCCUAUGGGGAAGACUCUGAUCUUCCAACCAAUUUUAGCAUCCAUGAGUUUUUGACCACUUGUCAAGAUUACCCAUAUGUUAUGGCAGAUAGUUUAUUGGAUACGUUAACAAAAGGAGGGCAUUCUCAGACCCUACAAGAGUUGGAGAUGUCAUUAACUGAAGAUGAAGGCCAGACGAAGACACUUGACUCAACAAAAGACAUGGAGGUUACAGAAAUAGAGGCGGCAGAACAUUUGGACUGCAGUAGCCCCGACAGGCUCACAGCACUGAAAGCAGUCACAAACUUUGGCAUUCCAGUUGAAGUUUUUGACUCUGAAGAAGCUGAAGUGUUCCAGAGGAAACUUGAUGAGACCACCAAAUUGCUUAGGGAGCUCCAAGAAGCCCAGAACGAACGUCUGAGCACUAGACCCCCUACCAACAUGAUCUGUCUCUUGGGUCCCUCCUACAGAGAAAUGCAUCUCGCUGAACAAGUGACCAAUAAUCUUAAAGAACUUGCCCAGCAAGUUACCCCCGGUGAUAUUGUCAGCAUGUAUGGAAUUCGAAAAGCAAUGGGGAUUUCCAUUCCUUCACCCAUCAUAGAAAACAACUUGGUAGAUUUAACAGAAGAUUUUGAAGGACCUAACAAGACGGAUGUUGCCGAAUAUUAUUUGAAGCUAACUUAG